AUGACAACGGCAGCUCAGCAUCUCUCAAUGUUUACCACCGACUGCCGAGCUGAUAUUAACCCGAGUGCUGCUGCAGUGACCCUACAGAAGGCCUCAGUGCGUGUGGUGAACCAGACGGUGUGUGAGUCCCUGAUGGAGGGGUCUGCGGUCACAGAGAGGAUGCUGUGUGCGGGGGUCCUCCGGGGGGGCAUCGAUGCAUGUCAGGGAGACUCCGGGGGCCCUCUGUCGGUGCAGGGCCUGGGGGGGAGGAGCUUCCUGGCAGGCGUGGUCAGCUGGGGCGACGGCUGCGCCCAGAGGAACAAACCCGGAAUCUACACCAGAGUCACAGAGUUCAGGGACUGGAUCAAGACCAACACCGGGAUCUGA